AUGGCAUUGCUCUCAGCUCUCAUGAUGGAGAUCGUGAUCCCCGUCUGCGCCGUCAUUGGGAUUGCGUUCUCCCUGAUGCAGUGGCGAUGUAGGUCGCGCUAUAGCGACAACGAAGAGGAAGACCCAACCCAGCGGAUAGCUGUUGAAGACAAGUAUGCUGAGAUAAAGAGUACCAUCUCUGAAGGUGUGAACUCCUUUCUGUUAACGGCGUACCUGUAUGCCGGAUUUUUCGUGGUUGCUUUUGCGAUUGUAAUCUUCCUCUUACUUGGCUCCGUUGAGAGCUUCAGCACCCAAAGCCGGCCUUGCAAGUUUGACCCUUCAAACACGUGCAAGCCUGGCCUUGUCGCUGCCGUUUUCAGUACAAUUUCAUUCCUACUUGGUGCUUUCACAUCAGUCUUCUUUGGUUCCCUUGGCACGAAAACUGCUAUAAAUGCUAACGCGAGGACUGCCUUGGAAAAGAGAAACAUCGCUGGAAGAACUUUCAGGUCUGCCGCAGUUGUGGGAUUUCUUCUUGCUGCCAUCGAUCUUCUCGUGCUCUAUCUUGCAAUCAUUUUGUUCAAGUUGUACUAUGGCAAUGACUGGGAAGGUCUUUUUGAGGCUAUUACCGGUUAUUUUCUGGGUGGAUCUUUCAUGGCUCUCUUUGGAAGAGCCAGUGGUGGAAUUUAUGCCAAGGCUGCUGAUGUUUGUGUUCAUCUGGUUAAAGAGAUUGAGCGAAAUAGCCCACAAACUGAUCGAAACCCAGCUGUGAUUACUAAUUAUGUUGGUGAUAUUGUUGGAGAUAUUGCUGGUAUGGGACCUGAUCUUUUUGGCUCUUACGCCGAAUCAUCCUGCGCCGCCCUUGUUCUUGCUUCCAUCUCUUCUUUCGGAAUGGAACACAAUUUCACUGCUAUGUGUUAUCCCCUGCUUAUCAGCUCUAUGGGUAUUCUCGUUUGCUUGAUCUCAACUUUCUGGUGGGAAAUCAGGCCUGCAUCGAAGAAGGAACAACUUAUUAUCGCCACAAUUCUAAUGACUAUCGGUAUUGCUAUUGUUAGCUGGAUUGCUUUGCCCUCAUCAUUCACAAUUUACAACAUUGGGUUGCCGAAAGUUGUGAAGAACUGGCAGCUGUCCUUGUGUGUUGGUGUUGGUCUUUGGGCAGGGCAAAUUAGUGGGUUUGUAAAUAAAUAUUACACCAACGAAGACUUUAGUUCCUGCACCUGUCUCCAAUAUGUUGCUGCCGACAAUUUCCGCAGCGGUCUCCAAGCCGCUCUCGAGAAUGUUAGUGUUGCCCUUGGCUCUGUCAGUAUCCCAUUUUUUGCCGCCGUUAGCAUUUUCGUGAGUUACCAUCUUGCUGCCACGUAUGGAAUUGCUGUGGCUGCCCUUGGGAUGCUAUGUACCGUUGCCACUCGAUUGGCCAUAGAUGCUUCCAGUCCCAUCAGCGACAAUGCCGAACGUAUUGCUAUGAUGGUUCGCAUUGAAGCCCCUGAAGCUGACGGCAAUACUACGGCUGCCAUUGGAAAGGGAUUUGCCAUUGAUUCAGCUGCCCUGGUGUCUAUCGCUCUGUUGGGUGCAUUUGUGAAUCGUCCAGCAAUGUCGUCUUCUGUUGAUGUUUUGACACCGAAGGUCAUCGUCGGUUUGAUCUUGGGCACCUCGCUUCCUUACUGUUUCUCUGCUAUGACCAUGAAAAGUGUGGGACGUGCGGGAUUCAAGAUGGCUCUUAAGGUCCGCGAGCAGUUGUUAGAGUUUGGGCCAGAGCACAUUGGGAUUCGAAGAAGACCUGACUAUGCUGCAUGCUUCGAAAUUUCAACUAAGGCAUCUUUCAGGGGGGUGAUUGGACCUACUGCCCUUGUCAUGUUUACACCACUUAUCAUUGGGACCGUCUUCGGUGUGGAGAUGUUGUCUGGUCUUUUGGCUGGCUCUCUCGGUUCCGUUGUUCAGAUUGCGAUAUCAGCAUCCAAGACUGAUGGAGCAUGGAGCCAAGCGAAAGAGGACAUUAAGGCUGGUGCUUUGGAGUAUGCCAAGACCCAUUGCUCAGAAGAACCGAUGCUUCUCAGAAUUGCUGUAGAAGGAAAGACCAUUGGCGGUCCAUGGAAGGACACUUCAGGCCCGCCACUCAACAUCCUCAUCCAGCUAAUGGCAGUGGAGUCGCUCGUGUUCGCUCCCUUCUUUGCUAGUCACGGUGGUCUGCUCUUCAAGUUUCUCUGAGGGAGGAAACAGACGACUUCCCUUCU